UCUCCGGUGACGUCAGGGCGGACCUUGAACUGGUUCCGGGAAGCUGAGACAAGCGGGUAUCCGGAGGAAAAAAAAAAUCGUGUAAACAACUGAUUACAAACAAACAAACAAACAAACAAACAACUACAUCAGCAGAAUGACCGUUUCUCGCUUCGUUCAGUACUCGGCCCUCCUGGCUUUGGCCUGGUCGGUCCCGAUUGACCGGAACACGAGACCCCCGUCCUCCAAGGAAAACAAACCAGCCGAGGAGCAACCAGAGAACCAGGACACUGGUUUGUAUUAUGAUCGUUAUCUAAGGGAGGUCAUCGAUGUCCUGGAGACAGACCCUCACUUUCGGGAGAAGCUGCAGGCCGCCAACGCUGACGACAUCAAGAGUGGGAAGCUCAGUAAAGAGCUGGAUUUCGUGGGACAUCACGUUCGCUCCAAGCUGGACGAGCUGAAGAGACAGGAAGUGUCCCGUCUGCGCAUGCUCAUCAAGGCUAAGAUGGACGCCACCGCCCACCAGAAUGUCCAGAUGGAUCAUGCUGCUCUCCUCAAGCAGUUUCAACACCUGGACCAGCAGAACCAGCAGACCUUCGAGGCCAAAGACCUGGAGCUCCUUAUAGAAACGGCCACGCGUGAUCUGGAGAGCUAUGACUCGGCCCGUCACGAGGAAUUCAAACGCUAUGAGAUGCUGAAGGAGCACGAGAGGAGAGAAUACCUGCGGAGUCUGGACCAGGAGAAGAGAGAGAGCGAGGAGAAGAGGGAGGAGGAGAGGAGGCAGAGACACAAGGAGCACCCCAAAAUCAACGUGCCCGGAAGCAGGGAUCAGUUGAAGAAGGUUUGGGAGGAGACUGAUGGGCUGGAUCCCCAAGAAUUCAACCCCAAAACAUUCUUCAAACUGCACGAUUCAAAUGGAGAUGGUGUUUUGGAUGAACAAGAAUUAGAAGCUCUCUUCACCAAAGAGUUGGAGAAAGUCUACGAUCCUAAGAAUGAAGAAGAUGACAUGACAGAGAUGGAGGAGGAGAGGCUGAGAAUGAGGGAGCAUGUCAUGAGAAAUGUGGAUGCGAACCGCGAUCGACUCGUCACCCUGGAAGAAUUCCUGAAAUCCACAGAGCGAAAAGACUUUGCCAAUACUGACGAAUGGAAGACUGUGGAUGAAAAGCCUGUGUAUACGGAGGAGGAGCUAAGGCAGUUUGAGGCGGAGCUUAUGGCUCAGGAGGCGGAGCUUGGGAAGAGGGCGGAGGAACUGAAGAGAGAGCAUGAAGAACUGAAAGAGAGAGAGAGAGAGCUGGAGCUACAGAAGAGAGAGUACCAGCAGGCAGUAAUCCAGAUGGCUCAGAGACAGAAGGCCCCUCAGGCAGCUGAAGGGCAGCCUCCCUCGGGUCCUAACGGAGAGCUGCAGUUCCACGGCGAAAACAAGGGGGCAGCAGAGAAUUCUCUCCCAGUUGAAGACAGGAAACCAGUUCAAGCCGCACCAGUAGCUGAUGGCAACCCAGCUCCAGCUGAGCCUCCCCAGAACCAACCAGAACAGACCCCCUAAACCAAUCAGCGCUGCCCCCCCC